AUUCACCAUCCUGUAUAAUGGCAAUAAAGAGAAAAUGGAAACCGGUACAUAAACCUACCAGUUAACCGCAGCCCAGUUCAAAAUACCGAGGAUUUUGAGAAAACAGCGGUGGCAUUCGACGUGGGGAUUUUAACCCUCUUCCGAAAGCAGUGCUGAGCCGAAUAAGACCCCUGUGCGGCAGUGUAAAGAUGGAGUUGAGGGGAGUCUGUUGUGUGUUGUUGACCUGUCUAUUCUACACAUCCUCUGCUGACAAAGAUUUCUUCACUUCCAUCGGUCAGAUGACCGAUCUGCUGUACACAGAGAAGGACCUGGUCACCUCUCUGAAGGAUUACAUCAGAGCUGAGGAGGACAAACUAGAGCAGGUCAAAAAGUGGGCUGAGAAGCUGGAUGUGUUGUCGGCCACAGCCACUCAGGACCCAGAAGGCUUCCUGGGCCACCCGGUCAACGCCUUCAAGCUGAUGAAGAGGCUCAACACAGAGUGGGGAGAGCUGGAGAGCCUGGUUCUCAAGGACAUGUCUGAUGGGUUCAUCUCUAACCUGACCAUCCAGAGACAGUACUUCCCCAAUGAUGACGACCAGACGGGGGCAGCCAAGGCCCUGAUGAGGCUUCAGGACACCUACCGGCUGGACACGCACACCAUAUCCUCAGGAGAGCUUCCUGGAACCAAUAAGGAUGUCGCUAUGAGCCCUAUGACAGCGGAGGACUGCUUUGAGCUGGGGAAGAUCGCCUACUCUGAUGCCGACUACUACCACACAGAGCUGUGGAUGGAGCAGGCCCUGAAACAGCUGGACAGGGGAGAGGAGUCCACCGUGGACAUGGUGACCAUCCUGGACUACCUCAGCUACUCCAUCUACCAGCAGGGGGAGCUAGAGAGAGCAUUGGACUACACCAAGAGACUACUCAAAUUGGACUCUGCCCACCAGCGAGCCAACGGCAACCUGAAAUACUUUGAGUACCAGCUGGCCAAGCAGAACAAGGUGGAGGCGGAGGAGGGCCAGAAGGAGAAGGAGAAGAGAGAGAGGGAGAAGAGAGAGGCAUCUGACAAGAAGGGCAGACCUGCAGACUACCUGCCUGAGAGGAGGAAAUAUGAACAGCUGUGUCGCGGCGAAGGCAUCAAGAUGACUCCUCGUCGCCAGAGUCGUAUGUUCUGUCGUUACUCUGACAACAACCACCACCCCCUGUACGUGCUGGGUCCCGUCAAGCAGGAGGACGAGUGGGACCGCCCACGCAUCAUCCGUUACCACGACAUCCUCUCCAAUAGCGAGAUCGAGAAGGUUAAAGAGCUGGCCAAACCCAGGCUGCGCCGGGCCACCAUCUCCAACCCCAUUACUGGUGUGCUGGAGACCGCCCACUAUCGCAUCAGCAAGAGUGCAUGGCUAACCGCCUACGAAGAUCCAGUAGUGGACAAGAUAAACCAGCGCAUUGAGGACAUCACCGGCUUGAAUGUCAAGACUGCAGAGGAGCUACAGGUGGCAAAUUACGGCGUGGGCGGGCAAUACGAGCCCCACUUUGACUUUGGACGGAAAGAUGAACCGGAUGCAUUUAAGGAGCUGGGCACCGGGAACCGCAUCGCCACCUGGCUCAUUUACAUGAGUGACGUACCUUCAGGAGGAGCCACUGUCUUUACUGAUGUGGGAGCUGCAGUGUGGCCCAAAAAGGGAAGUGCAGUGUUCUGGUAUAACCUGUUUGCCAGUGGAGAGGGUGACUACAGCACACGGCACGCAGCCUGCCCUGUCCUAGUGGGCAACAAGUGGGUGUCUAACAAGUGGAUGCACGAGCGAGGCCAGGAGUUCAGAAGACGUUGCACUCUGAACGAAUCAGAAUGAUCCAACGGAAUACACUUUUCUCCUCUCAUCCCUCUUCCUGGACCCUCCUGACUCUCGGCUCUGUGGGCUGUGAAGUACCCUCUGACCUCUCGUCCUCCUCUCCAAAACUCAGUGUUCACUGAGGCUCUGGCUGCUCAUGCGAUGUCACAUCUAUUUGUAGUUGAAGUGUGUGUGUGAGUGGUUCACCAGUGGGUCCGAAGCGCUUCGCUCCCAGUCUGUGCCUUCCGUCAUGGGUUUUGCACACUCCGACUGCACAGCUGUCUUAACCUGAGGAACUUUUUUUAUUUCAUUCUCACCCUUAACAGGGACUUUGAUACAAGAUAUUAAGUUAAUUAGAGCAAGCAACACAGCUGCUUAUCCCGUUCAACUUCCUACACAUUACAUGUUUUGGUGUGCCCUACUCUUUUCCUCUACCUGAAACACUCAUUUUAACCAUCACGCCAAUCCCUUCCUCCACUCCUUUUACCCACCACUCCAAUCCCUUCCUCCACUCCUUUUAACCAUCAUGCCAAUCCCUUCCUCCACUCCUUUUACCCACCACUCCAAUCCCUUCCUCCACUCCUUUUACCCACCACUCCAAUCCCUUCCUCCACUCCUUUUACCCACCACUCCAAUCCCUUCCUCCACUCCUUUUACCCACCACUCCAAUCCCUUCCUCCACUCCUUUUACCCACCACUCCAAUCCCCUUCUCUACUCCUUUUACCCACCACUCCAAUCCCCUUCUCUACUCCUUUUACCCACCACUCCAAUCCCCUUCUCUACUCCUUUUACCCACCACUCCAAUCCCUUCCUCUACUCCUUUUACCCACCACUCCAAUCCCUUCCUCUACUCCUUUUAACCACCACUCCAAUCCCUUCCUCCACUCCUUUUAACCACCACUCCAAUCCCUUCCUCCACUCCUUUUAACCACCACGCCAAUCCCUUCCUCCACUCCUUUUACCCACCACUCCAAUCCCCUUCUCUACUCCUUUUACCCACCACUCCAAUCCCUUCCUCUACUCCUUUUACCCACCACUCCAAUCCCUUCCUCUACUCCUUUUAACCACCACUCCAAUCCCUUCCUCCACUCCUUUUAACCACCACUCCAAUCCCUUCCUCCACUCCUUUUAACCACCACGCCAAUCCCUUCCUCCACUCCUUUUAACCACCACGCCAAUCCCUUCCUCCACUCCUUUUAACCACCACGCCAAUCCCUUCCUCCACUCCUUUUAACCAUCACGCCAAUCCCUUCCUCCACUCCUUUUAACCAUCACGCCAAUCCCUUCCUCCACUCCUUUUAACCAUCACGCCAAUCCCUUCCUCCACUCCUUUUAACCAUCACGCCAAUCCCUUCCUCCACUCCUUUUAACCAUCACGCCAAUCCCUUCCUCCACUCCUUUUAACCAUCACGCCAAUCCCUUCCUCCACUCCUUUUAACCAUCACUCCAAUCCCUUCCUCCACUCCUUUUAACCAUCACGCCAAUCCCUUCCUCCACUCCUUUUAAACAUCACUCCAAUACCCACCCCCCACUGCUUCCCAGCACACAUUUGACCGAGACCAGUUAUAAAUGCACUGUCACUGUCCCCCUCUCCCUCCUCAACAGGUCAUAAUCAGAUGACCCCACAUCAUAUCAGACCUUCAACUUCAACUUCAAUGGGGGACAUCCCAAUGAUCCUGUAAUCAGGGGUUGAUGUUGACCAGAGCCACAAAAUGGAUGUUCUAACGGGUGUUGGGUUGGACUGGGGCUAGAUAGAGGGCUCGUGGGAAGGAUGGAGGUUUAGUUGGUUGCACUAUGACAAUCAGGGUUAGUUAUUAGGACGAUACUAUGUGCAGGCCAGGGUUCUAAAUUAUGACCGUUGUAGUUGUUUAUGCGCCUUAAAAUGUGGCAGUACUACCUGAGGUAUUCGAUAGGAAAGCAUCAAUGUGAAGGCAAAGACUUGUUCAAUGUUACCAUCAAAAGUACAGUAUGCACCGGGUCUGGGCUAUUAUCACACUUGGGGCAAUUUUCAGGACAGUGACUAUCUAAUACUGUUUGAUCCCUAUUGCAGAAGGCAAUGUUUGCAUUCAUGGUAAAUGCUGCAUAUAUCCACUCAAUUGUAAAUGACCUUUCAAUAUCGCUGCCCCACAUCUCCUCUAUACCAUUGCCAUGUCUGCCAUGGGGCAAGAGCCCCGAGGUCAUUCACUCCAGGGCAAACAUUACUGCUGCACAGAAACUGUGUCUGAGUCCCUCUGUUCCUCCCGUCUCUCCAACUCCUCGUUCUGCCUUGGUGAAAUACAGCAGUCUAAGUGCUGACUCAUCCGUUUUGUUACAGAAGCAAAGCUCCUACCUAAUCAUUCAUUGGUUUGAUAAUCAAAGGAUUUCAUCUCUGAAUGAAAGAUGGUGCUAAGAAUCAUUAGGAUUAUUAAUCCCAUGCAUCACUCCACAGUUUAAGCCUUUGCUGACCCUGGGAAAUCUGUUUAGAGAAUGUGGCUAUAUACACUCCAAAGCAGAAGAGGCUGGUGGGAGACGAUAGGACGGCUCGUUACAAUGUCUGGAAUGGAAACAACGUGAGCCCAUCCUCCUAUAUCCUUCCACCAGCCUCCUCUGCUCCAAGGUGCAGUCCUUAUUUUAUUUGAAAUGUAAUAAUGGGAUGUGUGGCCAGAUGUUGUACAUGUGAGAUUCAUGUUUUCUAAAUAAAUAAGUGUUCACUGAA